CCAGUCAUCGACGGGCAGCUCGCGUGGAUAGUUCGCCUUCGCUUCGGUCGCUCGUUUGCUUUGCGCGACCAACUCACUUUGAAAAUAAAAUUUUGGCCAAUAACAAAAUUGGUUUUUUCAAUUUGCUAAGCCACAGCCGCACCGAGAAACCGCAAAGAAAUGCGACGCGACACGCUGCCAACAAAUUAAAUUUAACCUAAAGAAAUACGAUUUCAGAACCAAACCAACCCAAGUGUGUAACAAGAGCCGACUUUGAGUAACAAUUAGCAAAAGUACAGAACUAAUGGAAGCCACUAUUUAAUUCUCCACCCACAGUCAACUCGAAAAGUGCAACAUUCCCCAUAAAUAAUAAGCAAGCGUUGCAGUUAACUUACCGCUAAAAUCAACGAUCCAACAAUCAAGCAAAAAAAAAAACAAAAGAAAAACCAUCAACGUAGGCUAAGAAACAGAACGGAAAAUGCUCAUGCACACAACAUCAAUUUCCACAACGUCGACGGCCACCAUGACCAACUCAUCGUCCUCCGCCACGCCCACACCCGGGUCGACUUCCUCCAACAACAGUGCCACGCUCGACGCGCUGCACCAGCAACAACAGCAGCAGCACCAGCAGCAUCAGCUGCAGCAACAACUGCAGCAGUUGCACACGAACGCCGCAAACAAUUCACGGCCCCCCUCACGUGCCCCCUCCAUUCUGGACAGUCCGACCCUGGCGCGUGUGGAGCGGGCUCGUCUGCGACUGGAGCAGCAGGAGCGGGAGCGGGAACGGGAGCGUAGCAGCCAGCGGGAGGUGGGCGGCGGCAGCGGAGGAGGCGGCGGCGGUGGUAGCAGCACUGGCACUGGCAGCACCGCCACAACCAUGAAUCGUGAGGAUAGCCUGGAGCGCAGUAUUUUGGAUCCCAAGAAAGAAACGGCGCCCUGGCAUCAGAUGUGGACGCACAUGAAACGCCUCUCGCACGCCUCCAAAGUCAAUUCGACGAGCAGUCUGACCGCCCAGAAAACCGAUGUGGGCGUGGGCCAUCAUCCAAACAUGACACCAAAUGCAACAGCAACAACAACGGCAACGGGAACAAUGACAUCAACGCCCGGAAAAUGCAUUCUAUUUCCGGAUAAGACGGCCUCCCUGAAAAGCUCUAUGUAUACGCAACAGGUGUACUUCAGGCCCGAUAUGGUGAGUUGCAACAAACAAACCAAUUGGCUGAAUUUCAAACAAGACCAAUCCUUGCUGGCAGGACGCAUUCCGGUGGCCUCCAUGACAGGACCCAUUAAACGCGGACUGCUCUGGCAGCAAAGGGAUCGGCUCUUCUCUCGCUGGAAGGAGCGAUACUUUGUGCUCACUCGUGACUACUUGCACUGCUUCAAAAGAGCCUCGGGAUCGGCCAAUGAACGUGCCUCGGAUAUGGGACAGUUUAUCUUCAAGGUCAAGCUGGUGGACGUGGAGAAGGUGGAGUGGCUGAAUCGGCGCUCCUACAGCGCCAUUGGUCUGCUACUGGGUCGCGAGGGUCGUGUUCUACUCCGCUGCGAUGAUGGCCUCGAGGAUUGGUUCGAGCUGCUGGAGGAAUGCACAAUGACCUCCAAGGAGCGCAGACGAGCCCUGAAGAUUGCCCAAGGACCCAGAUCCCGAGCCUCAUUGGCUGCUCCCGUUUCGCAUGCUUCGCUGCAGUUCCAGCAUUUUGGACUCGGAGGCACUUACUCGAGUGCCCUGGACGAUUGGCUGAUGACGAAUGGAACCGGUGGUCUGGCCCGGCACAAGAUUGGAGCUGGCAGUCUGAACGGUUAUGGCGGGGCCAAUCCCUUCCUGUUCUCCGAUUCGGUGCCGGAUCUGAGUGCCCUGAACAACGAAAACCACAAUCAUCACCUGAGCGGCAUCAGCACGAACCACUCGACGCCGCAAAAGAUACCGCACCACAGCAAUGCGAAUCUCAGUCGAUACUCCAAUGGAUAUGUCUCGGCCCAGAACAGUUUCACCCAAGCCGGAGCACUCUACGGAUCGCCUAGGCGGAUCUUUAUCAACAGCAGCUUCGGUUCCAAUCAGGUGGUGGAUGAGGAGACCGAGGAGACGGAGGUUCAGCUGAGGAGACCCAGACUGUUCCGGGGAGUUAGCGCUACUCCGGAUAAUGGCAACGAACUGGACCGCGAUUGGCUGUACCGGAAGCCAAGGGCGCCCACUGAUAUGAGGCACUCAGUUCAACCAAUGUUACCCACUGGCGGCGGCAGCAACAUCGGGCUGGCCAAAACCGAACUGGACUGUUCGGCCCAUGAUAGUGGCCUGGACACGCCCCCAUCGACGCACCGCCCCUCGAGCUACCGGGAGGCGAGCAGGGACAGCACAGAGACCAAUGGCAGUUCGUCGAGGGGAACACUGCUGAAUAACUCAUCGCCAGGCGGCAGUUUUCGAGCCAAAAAGCUGAGCACCCAAGUAAGCAAUCUCAAUCAGUUGAAUUCCCUGAACGGAUCGAGAUACUCGGUGCAGGAUCAACGCAUCUUGAAGAUGCGCAACAACGAGGAGGAUCGCUGUGCCUCCAUCAAGAUGGCCAAUCGUCUCAAUCAGAAUCAGGAGCAGGCCACUUACGAUCCCAACCAGAAUCGCUACUAUAAGAACGGUAAUGCCACGCCCCCCACAUCACUGACGCCACAGCAUACGCCGCAGCACAAACUGACGAUGAUGCACUAUGGCAAUGGGAAUGGGAACAUGGGCACCCUGAAUGGCAACACCAACGGAUCGGAUCGCAUAAACGGAUCGGCCAUUUUCCGGGAGCGCUACCAACAUCCCGCCCUGGCCGCCAUCAUCAACGAAGCCCAGGGCCUUAAGUUUCGAGAAGAAUCAGAAAAUAUGUGGUAAACAUACCCAAAGCCCCAAAUUGUGCAUGUUACACAAAGUGUCCAGCCGACUGGCCCCAUAGUGCAUGAGAAGAUCGUGAUGUUGAAUGGACCAAAAGAUAUAGAUAAAGCGAUCCUUUCCCCAACUUGUAGAGCGGGCCUAUUCGGACAGUCAGCAGCGUCGCCUCAACAACAACAAUGGACCGACUCCCCAACCAGCCUCGCCACUCGCCCAGCGCCGGAAUAAUGGUGGACUCGGAUCCGGAGUCGGAUCGGGGGCUAUAUAUGGCACGCCCACGCGUGUAUAGCGCCUAAAGGUCUAAAGAUAAUCCAAAUCGAUGGAGAAUUGAUUGCUCCCCCACUAGUUUAAUAAUGAUAUAAAUUAGUCGGUAAAUUAGUCGACUUGAUACAAAGUUUUGGAAAUUAUUUGCAUAGAAAAUACUUCAACGAAGGUAGAGAAUAGUAACUAAAUCUUAACUAUGUAGUAGUACUCGUAGUGUGUGUGCUCCAAUGUCCAGCUUUAUGUAAAUGUUUAAAUAAAAUAUACAUUAGUAAAAAGCAUCUUAAUAAAAGAUAAAAU